AUGUCUCCGUUUAGGCUGGAGCACCUGGAAGCGGGUUUGUUGGAGAGCCCGCAUGCAGUGAUUUGCGGUUCUACUGCCCGAGCUAGUGUUCCCCAGGACAGCAGUGCUGAGGCUGACAUGUGCCUGCACAAGUUUGAUUUGACAACUCGUGACCACACACUCGUGUUGCCUGAGGAAGCCCUGAAAUUAAGGAAGAGGAAAGAAAAGGAGUCAGGCAUGGCUCUUUCUCAGGAACGACUGACCUCUGAGGACGUGGCCAUUGAAUUCACUCAGGAGGAGUGGGAAUUCCUGGAUCCUGCUCAGAGGGCCUUGUACAGGGACGUGAUGCUGGAGACCUAUAGGAACCUGCUCUCGCUGGGAAUUUCUGUUUCUGAUCUGAAUAUUAUCUCCACAUUGGAGCCUGAGAAAAAGCUCUGGACAGUGGGGAGGAGUGAUGUAAAAGUAGCCAAAACUGCAACAUAUAAAGAAAAACAAGAUACCUAUGAUUCUUUUUAUCUUGUAGAUAUUUCUCCUACACAUGUGAUCAAGCAUUUACAACCCAAUGCGGACAGUGGUAAACAAGAAACAUUCCAAACAUUGAUGCUUGGAAGCCCUGAAAGCUGUGAAAUCAAACAUUUUCAUCUUUGGAAAAGUCAGGAAAAUAUGUGUGACUUUGAGUGUCAGGGGAGAGAUGACAAAAGAAAUUACAAAGGCACACCUGUAAGCCUUAAUGGAAAUGUGCCUGAUGAAAGAGAUUCGCAUGAUAGAAAGGAUGCAAACAUCAAACCCUUUGGAAAGAGGUUUGGAUUUAACUUUCAGGAUAAACUGCGGAUAGUUCAAACUGGCAGAAUAAUUUCUGAAUAUAAUGAAGUUAAGAGUUCUGUCAACAACAGUUUCUCAUUUUCACCACUUCACAGAAUUCCUCCUAGUGUCCAAACCAGUGUUUCUAAUAUAUAUGGGAAUGAUUUUAUGAAUCCUUCAGGAAUAACACAAGAAGUCAAAGCACAGAGGGAAAAACCUUACAAAUGUGAUGAGUGUGGCAAGGCCUUUCAUGUAAAGUCAACCCUUUUAAGUCAUCAGACAGUUCAUACUGGUGAGAAACCUUACAAAUGUGAUGAGUGUGGUGAGGCCUUUCGCCUAAAGUCAACCCUUUUAAGUCAUCAGACAGUUCAUACUGGAGAGAAACCUUACAAAUGUGAUGAGUGUGGCAAGGCCUUUUGUGUAAAGUCAACCCUUUUAAGUCAUCAGACAGUUCAUACUGGAGAGAAACCUUACAAAUGUGAUGAGUGUGGCAAGGCCUUUCGUCUAAAGUCAAGUCUUGUAAGUCAUCAGACAGUUCAUACUGGUGAGAAACCUUACAAAUGUGAUGAGUGUGGCAAGGCCUUUCGUCUAAAGUCAAACCUUUUAAAUCAUCAGACAGUUCAUACUGGUGAGAAACCUUACAAAUGUGAUCAGUGUGGCAAGGCCUUUCCUCUAAAGCCAACCCUUUUAAGGCAUCAGACAACAGUUCAUACUGGAGAGAAACCUUACAAAUGUGAUGAGUGUGGUAAGGCUUUUCCUGUAAAGUCAACCCUUAUAAAGCAUCAGACAAUUCAUACUGGUGAGAAACCUUACAAAUGUGAUGAGUGUGGCAGUGCCUUUCGUCUAAAGUCAAUCCUUUUAAAGCAUCAGACAAUUCAUACUGGAGAGAAACCUUACAAGUGUGAUGAGUGUGGCAAGGCCUUUCCUGUAAAGUCAACCCUUUUAAUGCAUCAGAAAGUCCAUACUGGUGAGAAACCUUACAAAUGUGAUGAGUGCGGAAAAGUCUUUGGUCGAAAACCUCAUCUUCAACGUCACAGGAGAAUUCAUACUGGAGAGAGUCCUUUCAGAUGUAAUAAGUGUGGCAAGUUCUUCAGUCGAAAUUCACACCUUCAGAAACAUCAGAGAAUACAUAUAGAGAAACCUUUCAAAUGUGAUGAGUGUGGAAAAGUCUUUGGUCAAAAACCACAUCUUCAACAUCACUGGAGAAUUCAUGCUGGAGAGAGACCUUUCAGAUGUAAUGAGUGUGGCAAGUUCUUCAGUCGAAAUUCACACCUUAAAAGACAUCGGAGAAUACAUAUAGAGAAACCUUUCAAAUGUUUCAAGUGUGGAAAAUCCUUUACUCAGGUCUCAGCACUCACUAAACAUCAGAAAAUCCAUACAUGAGAGAAACUCAUGUGA